AUGCUGCUCUCGGCUGCCUUAGCUGCAGCCCUCGCGUUCCCCGCGACGGGGUUCGCGAAACAGAUACCGGUCGUCGAUGGCGUCAUCGGAGGCGUCGGAACUACGAGCGCGCCAGAGGCGGAGACACUCACGGCCGAUGCAUCGACGGCUGCGGACGCGAUCACACCUGGCGCGCUGCGCGUGACGGAAAACUCUGGUAUCUGCGAGACGACGCCGGGCGUGUACCAGGCGUCGGGGUACGGAGACCUCACGUCGAACGAGAGUAUCUGGUUCUGGUUCUUCGCCGCGCGCAACAACCCAGACACGGCACCCCUCAUCACCUGGUUCAACGGCGGACCGGGAAGCUCGAGUAUGCUUGGCCUGUUCCAAGAGCUCGGGCCGUGCCGCAUCAGCAACGACAGCAGCAGCGUCGCGUUGAAUCCUUAUGGAUGGAACGAGAAUGCGAAUGUCUCGGCCGGCAGGUUAUUCAUUGACCAGCCUGUUGGUGUCGGGUUUUCAUAUGGCUCUACGACUGUCGGAACGUCUCAGGCUGCGGCGUCGGACGUGUGGAAGUUCCUCCAAAUCUGGUUCUCGGACUCCCGAUUCAGCAAAUACGCCAGCAGAGACUUUGCAAUCUGGACCGAAUCUUACGGCGGACACUACGGCCCGACGUUCGCUGCGUACUUCUUGGAACAGAAUGCAAAGGUCGCGAAUGGUUCGGUUUCUGGUCUUCCGAUUAACCUGAAAGUGCUCGGCGUUGGCGACGGCCUCACGGACCCACUGUCGCAAUACCCCGGCUACAUCACUUACGCUGCUAACAACCCGUACCACCCCCUAGUUUCCUCUUCUGUCAUUAAACAGGCCAACACUUCCUUCUACCAGACAAACGGCUGCCGUGCCCGCAUCCAGAACUGUUACAACAACGGCACGAACUCGGUCUGCUCGUCCGCGCAGAGCUACUGCAACAACAACGUGCUCUCGCCGCUCGCGGGCGACUACGACGUGUACUACGUGCCCGCGACGGACCCCGACCCGUACCCCCCGGAUCUGACCGACUACCUCACCAGCGACGCCGUGACGUCGAAGAUCGGCGCGCAGGCGACGUGGAAGGAGACCAGCAACACCGUGUACAACAACUUCGCGAACACCGGCGACUGGAUGCGGAACUCGGCGCCGAAUCUGGAGACGGUCAUCAACGCGGGGGUCCGCACGAUCAUCUACGACGGGGACGCUGUCAACAACCUCAAGACCAACUUCUCGCGCGAGUACGCGACGCAGGCGUUCUCCAACUUCACCGUCGACGGCGUCUCCGCGGGGCUGUACAAGAACGCGGGCACGUUCUCGUACGUGCGCUUCUUCGGCGCGGGGCACGAGGUGCCCGCGUACGAGUGGGCCUCGAUCCCGCGCGGCAAGGCCGCGCUGCAGAUGUUCGCGCAGAUCAUGGCGGACGAGUCGCUUAGGGGCACGUGA